AUUCGGAUUUAAAUAAUUAUAUUAAAUAUAUAUCUUCAUGCCCCAAAGGUGAAUAACAAAGACAUAGCCACGCUAGCUUUAACCUUAGCCUCAACCUCAACCUCAACCUCCUUCCGAAAACAACUUCGAUUCCGAUAUACAACGCCAUUAUCAAAGCUCUCCUUCAUCAAAGACACAUCAAAUAUGGCUUCAGGCAGCGGCUCUGGCAAAGGCAAAAGCGGUAGAAAAGGCGACAAAGCUGCGAACAAGCGGAAAGAUGACAUUUACGAUAUGCCCUCCGAUAAUCCAGACUCAGUCCACGAUAUCCUCUCCCGUCGAUACGUUCAACCAAUAAACCCCUCUGCUCCUCGACCUCCUCCUCGUACACGACCUCCUCCUCCUCCUCCGCAACAAUACUUUGAUCUCCUUGUACUACCCGAUAAUGCUACUGAAGUAGCAAAGCGAAUCAAUAACAAGGCUGAAGUUAGAGAGAUAGAGCUACGCCAGGGCAGGGAGCUAAAGGGAUUGGAGAAAGGCAAGGCAAAUCUGGAGGCAAGCUUGGCAUAUACUCGCGGAACCGAAUCCUCUCAAGCUUGUGCUACUUGUAGUAAUAAGAAGAGACCGAGGGGCCCUUUCAAACGCUGCGUAGUUAUGGAAGGCGAAUUCGAUGGCGCUUGUACAAAUUGCAGAUAUAAUGACGACGGUAAAGUCUGUACUUUCCAUCGACUCAACGCCAAUCCUACCAAGUCUGGAAAGCCUCGCUCCGCAUCUGCAAAACCCUUUACACCAAAGCCUCGACCGCCUACAAGAUAUAGAAAGCGAGCACAAAGACAGAUACAAGGUCAGAAGGCAAUGGGGAAGGAGGUUGCAGCAGAGGAGGGUGAGGAUACUGGAGGAGAAGGGGACGAAGGAGAUGUAGAUAAUUCGAGUGAUAUAGGCAGUACGGAGGAUACAGAGAGUGAGGGAGAUGGAGAUGUGCCUCGUAAUCCAUGGGAUUUGCCUUACGGACCACGCAAGCUAAGGGGGGGUUAGGAGUAGUCGAGAAUAAGGCGUGUAUGCUGUACUUUUUUUUUUUUAGUGAGG